UGGCAACGCGGCCGGCGCACACUCUUGACGUCAUCACUCCGCACCUUCAAACAAGAUGGCGCCCAGUUAGACGGAGCUUUCCGUGCAGCCUCCGACUUUCUGCUCCGUGACGUUUGAGGCGAAGUUUAAGUUUGGAAAAUGAAGUCGGACGUUGAAGACUUGAUGCCCAGGCUGCUGCCGGUGGAGUGUGGAGCCGGUACCGAGAACCUGGACCUAACGGAGCCCCCCAGGAACCCGCAGGAGUACCUGCGACAGGUCCAGCUGGAGGCGUCGCUGUGUCCAGAGGUGGUCGUUGCUCAAAUUGACCCCAAGAAACUGAGGAGCAAGCAGUCGGUCAAUGCGUCGGUGGAGGGAUGCCAUGCGGCCCCUCUGGGCCUCUCCCCCAGCCUCGGCUGGCAGCGGCUUCAGGUCAGCAACUUCUCCCACGUCAGACAGACCAUCGCAAAGAACCGGACCCACUGGAGCGGCCACAGUCUGGACGACAACGUUCAGAUGCCUAAAAUGGCGGAUGAGGAGGGCUGGACCAGGUUCUGUUUGGGGGAGGAGGUUCUCCGGGGUUCUGCGGUCGGCGUCCAGGACCAGGAACCGGCGCUGGACUACAGGAAGCUGGGAUUCCCCCCCUUCCUGAGCAUCAUCAGCAGACUGAACCAGGCCACCGUCCAGACGGUGCUGGACGUUCUCAUCAACUGGCUGGAGGAACGGGAGUUCGUCCCACAGCUGGGCCGCUGGCUGUUCUCCCUGCUGGCCUGCCUGGAGAAGCCUCUGCUGCCUGAGGCUCAUUCCUCCAUCAGACAGCUGGCCCGGAGGUGCUCGCAGCUCCGCGCCCGCCUGGACAGUCAGGAGGACGAGAGGCUGCCGGCCCUGAACCUGCUCAUCUGUCUGGUUGCCAGAUACUUUGAGCAGAACGACCUGGCGGAUCAGGAGUGAAGAGGAUUGGUCCUAAACGGUGGAGCGGGGAGCAGUUUUAUAUCGGAGGAGUUCGUGGUUGUUCGAUGCCCCGAACUCAGAACUAUUGUUUUUUGUAGAAAACUAUUAAAAAUUU